AUGGCCCCAACAACACUCAUCCUCGGCGGCUCAGGCAAAGUAGCCCGCCACCUGACCCGCCAGCUCUCCUCCCAAGGCCACACAGUUUACUCCCUCAUCCGCAACCCAGACCAACAAUCCUCCAUCCAAUCCCUCGGAGGCACGCCCAUCGUCCAGUCGCUCGAAGAUGCCUCAACCGCCGACCUCACCAGCACCAUCAAAUCUACCUCUGCCACCACGGUAGUCUUCUCCGCCGGCGCCGGAGGAGGCAAUCCCGAAAGAACCAGAAAAGUCGACCGUGACGCAGCCAUCCGCUCCAUGGACGUCACCGCCCAAGCAGGUGUCAAACGCUUCAUCAUGGUCUCCGCCAUCGACGUCCGGGACCGCGAGAAGCCGGAGCCGGAAUGGUACGAUGAUGCGGACCGCGAUCGGAGUCGGAAGGUCUGGGGCGCCAUAGGGACGUAUAUGGAAUCCAAGCUCGCUGCCGACAGGAGUCUAGUGACGGAGAAUGGGAGGAGGGGGUUGGAUUACACGAUCGUGCGGCCGACGGGGUUGAGUGAGGAGAAGGGGGUGGGCAAGGUGGCAGCAGGGAAGGUGCAUUUGAGUUUGGUGAUUUCGAGGGAGGAUGUUGCGGCUGUGGUGGUGGAGUGUAUGAAGCAGGAGGCGACGAUUGGGAUGGCGAUUGAUUGUGUAGGCGGGGAGACGCCGAUUGCUGAGGCUGUUGCUGAAGCUGCGAAGAACAAACUCGACGCUUUCGAAGGGCGGUAUUGA